AAUGAGUGAAAGAAGAGAAGAAGAUACCACUCUUGUGUAAGCAGCAAUCCCUGCAGCUUUGGAAGGAGCCAAAAAAGCUGAGGAAAUGGAGAAAAAGAUAAAGGAGUAAUAAUGAUAAAAGAUAUAUUAUUUUAUAGAUAAGGUGGAUAAAAGCUUUAAGAUGCUGAGAGAUAAGCAGAUGAAUAGAUUGCUAAGGCUUAAGAGAUGAUAGGCUUAACUGGAAAUUUAGCUUAAAUAGCUUAACAAAAAUCUUUAGUUGUUGCUGCUUCAUAAUAUCUAGUAGGAAGUUUAUUAUCAAUGGUGAUACUUCAACUUGGUUUCUUUGGAUCUAUUCUAACAUUUAUUCCAUUUUUAGAAUAAUUGACAAUAAUUUUAUACAUAGUUUCUAUUUUAAUAGUAUAAUUCUGUCCAGGAUCUGUUGAUAAGGUAGAUAAUUAAUAUAUUUUUUUAGGUUCCUAAAAAUUAUGGAUUUUGUAUAGUUCAUUCUGUAAGUAAAAUUUUAUUAAUGGUUUACCUUACAAUUCAUUUUGAAUCAAUCAAAUUUGAAUUAAUAUAAUUAGUAUUUGGAAUUGUCAUUCUAUUUUUAUUAUUUUUAAUUAAAAAGGGAAUAAGUAUAAAAAUGAAUAUAUUUUAUAGCUGAAAAUUAAGAUAUUGCUUUAGUAGUAAAGAAAUAAUUCUUUACAGUUUUGAUAGUAUCAGCAGUUAUUUCAGGAUUUUUGGGAUUAUUAACAAGAUCAAAUUUAUUUAUUACUCUUCUAUUAAUAAUUGUAGGAGCUGGAUAUACUUAUUAUUUAUAAUUGGCUUUGUAAAGAUUUUGUGAUCACAAAUACUUAUUAAUUAAUAAAAAUGAUUAAUAUAUGGGAGCUGCUUAAUUAGAUGCAGAUUUAUUCUUAUGGUGCAAAUUGGUUGGAUUCCAUUGCAUGAAAAAGAAUGAAGGAGGAGCAUAUGUUCCAAAUUUAGAAUUUGAUGAAGAAAAUAAAUAAUAAGAACCAGAAACUUAAGAAUAAAAUAAAAUCUGA